AUAACGCUGGCGUUUAAUUUCAUCCCUGGUUCAUGUUUUAGUUUCACUCCUGGUUCGUGCUCACUGACCGCCUACAAACUGACCCCCUCGGGUUAUGACUGGGGCCGGAACAACAAAGACACCGGGAACAAUCCCAGGGGUUACCUCCCGUCACACUACGAGAAAGUACAGAUGUUACUGUCGGAUCGUUUUCUUGGUUUCUUCAUGGUACCCACCCAAGGUUCCUGGAACUUCAACUUUAUGGGUGUUCGCCACUCCCCUAACAUGCGUUACGAACUCCAGCUGUCCAAUCCCAAAGAGUUCUACCACGAAGUACACCGCCCCUCUCACUUCCUUAACUUCAGCACCAUGGAAGAUGUGGAAGUUAUCGGCGCUGAUAGAGAUGACAUGUUCUCGUAACUUGUCAGCAAUUUUUUUCGUAUCAGUCACGUAUUCAGUCUUGACCACUGACCAUUGUAAAAAGAGUUUUCUUCAGUUAGACUUUCAAAGGGGGGAGGCGUGGGUGGACAUUCCCGUGAGUCAUAGACAGAGCUCUGAUUGCCGCUGCAAAAAAGGCGGCAACCCCAGUAACCAUAGCGACCGUUUCUCCUGAAUUCGCUCGCGGUAAACUGCCAUUACCCACCCCAUUUUAAGCGCGUGCUUGUUGUGAUUGCAUCAGCAGGUUUUGCACACCGUCAUGGACAACUUCGCAUUCUGUUUAGGCUAACAACCAUCUGAGAUUACAUCUUUACUCUUAAGUAACCAACUUUAGAACUGCUACAAUGCGUUUCCUCAAUAUUUCCCUCCAGCUCAAAUCAAACAAGCCUUGUUAAGAGAGCAUAGCUUUCUUUUUCUUUUGUGCCAAAAUUGUUUGUUUUUGUAUAUAUCCUAGGAUUGGCAAUAACUUCUCCAACAAGUUUUUAUAGUCGUAAAAUUAUUGUGGAGUAAGCGAGUAGAUUCCGUUUCUUUGUUUUGUAAUACCCUGAGUAAAGUAAUAAAAAAGUGCUCUUCAAUUUAUUUCG